AUGCCGCCUCAUGACGAUGUGAGAGUCAAUUCAGACUCAGAGGUCGACCCCGGCGGCCUGUCCAAUGGAGUCCCCGCCAUUACAGACGAGCUGAAAGCCAGCGCCCUUGGUUCGCCCGCACCUGGGGAGAAUGAGCCCAACCAUGCAUCUUCGCCACCGGUCAAGCAUGAGGCCCAGGCGCGUUCUCCUAUCAAGAUGGAGCUUGGUGAUGACGGUGUCACCACCAGCAAUAUCGGAGGAGACAUCACGCUCAAGCAAGAGCCGGGGAAACCCCCCAAGCUUUCUCGCAGCGCCUCUCAGAAAGUCAUUUCUCGCCCGCCGCAGCUAUUCGACCACCUACCAAACAGUGCCAAUGAAGCCUGUCAAAGUUUUGAAGUUAUCAAGGCUUGUAUCUAUUCGAGCAAGUAUAUGGGGCAUACAGAACAUGCCAUGGAAUGCGACUGCGCAGAGGAAUGGGACGGUGAACUAAAUCACGCGUGUGGAGAGGAUUCAGACUGCAUCAAUCGAGCAACAAGAAUCGAAUGCUUGAAUGAUUGUGGCUGCGGCCGUGACUGUCAAAACCAACGCUUUCAGCGGAAAGAAUAUGCUAAUGUGGCUGUCAUUAAAACUGCCAAAAAGGGCUUUGGUCUUCGUGCAGAGACUGAAAUUAAACCUCAUCAAUUCAUCUAUGAAUAUAUUGGGGAAGUCAUCAAUGAGGCCAACUUUCGACGUCGGAUGCUGCAGUACGACAAAGAAGGCAUCAGGCAUUUUUACUUCAUGUCGUUGAACAAAGGGGAAUUCGUCGAUGCAACCAAAAAAGGCAACUUGGCACGUUUCUGCAACCAUUCAUGCAAUCCAAAUUGCUAUGUUGACAAAUGGGUCGUGGGUGAAAAACUUCGCAUGGGUAUCUUCGCAGAGCGACACAUUCAAGCUGGAGAAGAGCUAGUCUUCAACUAUAACGUUGAUAGAUAUGGAGCGGAUCCCCAGCCCUGUUAUUGCGGUGAACAAAACUGCACAGGUUUCAUAGGUGGCAAGACUCAGACAGAGCGUGCUACCAAGCUGUCUAAUGCAACGAUAGAAGCUCUUGGUAUCGAAGACUCCGAGGAUUGGGAUAUCGCAGUGGCUAAGAGGCCUCGCAAAAAGAAAACCGAAGAGCCCGAUGAGGAAUACGUUGAGAGCGUACAGCCCAAGUCUCUAGAUGAGACUGGAGUAACAAAAGUUAUGGCUGCUUUGAUGCAAUGCACUGAGAAAUGGAUCGCUGUUAAACUUGUGGGACGUAUUCAGCGCUGCGAAGACGAGCGUGCCCUUAACCGUGUUGUGAAGAUGCAUGGUUAUCGAAUUCUUAACUCACAGCUCAGUCAAUGGAAAGACGACAUUAAUGUGGUGCUACAGAUUCUUGAAGUGCUGUCCACGCUACCUGCACUCACUCGAAAUAAGAUUAUUGACUCCGACAUCGAAUCUACUGUUCAAACACUAACUACAUCGGAUGACGAACGAGUGGCAAAGCAAGCAUCGAGUCUUCUGGAGGUUUGGUCUAACCUGGCCGUUGGCUACCGGAUCCCGCGUAUGAAACGAGACCCAACAGCAAUAACCCCGCAAAUAGUCAGUCAAUUUGAGAGACGUGAAACUGCAACAGGUGACAAUCAUAAUCGAUCAAAGUCCCGAACACGAUCAAGAGGUGGAUUUGGUGGGAGAAAUAUACCUCAUAAUCGUGGUCCUCGAUUCCCACGACCUCCUCCGCUUCCGCAAGGGUGGUCUGAGAGGCUAGAUGAUGAUGGACGAACGCUAUAUUUCACAGCAAAUGGCCACUCUCAAUACGAGAAGCCAACUCUCCCGGUGUCGGAAAUGCCGGCUGCUGGCUCUCUGAAACGAAAGCACUUCAAAGAAAUGAUUGAUAAUAUCAUGGACUCUCGCGUGGAGACCCCACGAGACAAGACGAGCACGCCGGGUACUCCCCAGCCGCAAAAAGCAGACUCCAAGAAGGAGUCAUGGAGAUCUUAUCCGGAAGAAAAGCAAAGGAAAAUAUAUGAAAACACGAUACACCCCUACGUGAAGUACGUGGUAGACAAGUUCAAAAAGAAGCUCCCUAGGGAAGAUCUGAAGCGUUAUGCUAAAGAGGUUGCAACAAAGCUGGUGGAUUCUGAUUUCAAACAUGAUCGGGUCGAGGAUAUCAAUCAGGUCUCGGAGAAACAGCAGCAAAAAAUCAAGAAAUAUUGCAAGGAAUACUUUGAAAAAGCUGUGUUGAAACACCGGGCGCAUGAAAAGCGAAAAACGGACAAGAAUCAACAGGAUGAUGGCAAAUCAAAGGAUACAGAUGAUCUGGAUCAAUCUAGAUUAGAGACACCGCAACUUCAAGAUGACCCUUCAAUUCCAGCCGAUAACAAGGAAUUCGAGAGUGAUGGAGAUGGAAACCGAAAUGCGUCUGAUUUUCACUACAACGGCAAAAAAUCACCGACGUCCGAGCAGGAACCACUGACAAAACGUAAGAGGGACGACGACACGGGGGUUGAGAGCGGCAAUGCUUCGCCGAUGAAGCGACAAAAAUCUUCUACACCGUUGUUAGAACGACAGUCUCCCCCCUCGGAGGGACUUGACGAAGACGAAGAACUGCCGCAUUCCGGCCUUGCUGCUUCCCAUCAAAGCAUUGGAGUUGUACAAUAA